AUGGAAUGCGAAGAUGAUAGCAAUAAUGAUAUUAUAAAAGGCAUCAUGGCAAAUAUAAAAGGAAAUCUUAUUUCUCCAGUUGCCGAUUGCAACUCCAACAACCUUAGAAUGCCCAAGGAAAAUUUAUUAUUGUGCAGUACUGAUAGCGUUCAAGACUGUUCCGAUUUUUUGCAAGACAAUUCAGAUUAUCAGUGGUUUUUAGAUUAUGGGUAUAAAGAAAACAAUUAUUCACAUCACCAAAGUAUACUUCAGGUAACUAAAUCACAAGAUUUAGUUUAUUAUGAGGAUAUAUCGAGAAAUUUCGAUGCCAAUUUGGCUGAAGUCGAUAUGGAUGAAUUCAAUAGCGAAGACAUUCAUUCAGUAUUGUCUUCAUUACCAAAUAUUCAAGGAGUCGAGGAAAGGGAAAUGUUUGCUAGCGUUUCUGAAUCAAUGAUGGUGAAAUUUGGUUUUGAUGAAUCUAUAAGUGUUCAUACGAGUUCACAAGAAGAGACAAACAACACUUCCGUUUGUAAAUCUCAACCAUUGUUUUCGCCCAUGCACGAUAAUUUUAUUCCAAAUUCAAAUUUAAGUGUCGAUAGUUUAGAUUUAUCAGAAAAUGAUAUGAAUUUAAUGGUGACUUGUCAAGCAAAUAAAAACAACUAUACAAUCGCCUUCGAAGGAUCAACUGUUAUGGGAACGGAAGAUUCGGAAAAUUCUAUAUCCGAAGAAAAUGAAUGUCCUUCGAAGGAUGAAGGAUAUAAUGAAGGUUUUGCUCAACAAAAUAAUAAUUCGAUGGCACGCUCAGAUUCGCCUUACACAACCUGGUCAAAAAUCAAGAAAAAUUCAAAUGAAAAUUUACAAUUGAAGAGACACCCGAGCGGUAAUAAUAAUAAUAAUAAUAAUAAUACUACGGACGACAUUUCAAAUUCCUGUGGCCAAACGAAUAAUUCGAAAACAACCAAGAGCAUGAGUUUACCUAAUUUAUAUCACAAAAAUCAAAAAUUAUUUUCUGGACUGACCAUGUCUGCCAAGUUAGACAGUUCGAGUUCGUUAAAGAGUCAGCAAAAAUUUAUUAAACUUUUUGAUAUUCAAAACAGUUGCAAUUCUAAAAGUGUAGAUCAUUCUGCUUUUAGUGCUUCUGGUAAAGCUCCGCAUAAUUUUAGUUUACUAAAACUGUUUAUCAAACAAAAAAGUGGAAGCCACGAAGGAAUGUCUAAUUAUACCACCGAUGAUUCUUCCACCAAUUCAGAAACUUACGAGCAGAGAGAUUAUGAUAAAGUCAUGGCAAAUAAUUUAAAAAUGAACGAAAUGAAUAAAAUUAAAAAUUACCAAAGCCCUGUGAAUAUCAUAAAAGGAAAUAUUUUUCGUAAAAAAGAUAAAGAUUAUAAUUACGAAUCAACCGAUUCGAUCACGGAUCGCAAAAUAAUAUCCGAAAAUGACGUUCGCGAAACUACCAAGUACCCUAAAUCAAAUUCAAACGAUCGUCAAAUUAUCAAGGACGAUUAUGAAAUUGGAAGCGAUCAUAAAUAUUGCUCGGAUGAAUCUACUCAAGAAAAUGGAUCCAAUACGGAAAGUGCUGAAAAUCUCUUGUGCAAUUGCACCAAACAAUCGUCAAAAAAUGAUGUAAAAAAAUUAGUAACGGAAAAAAGUAUUCAAACUUCGAGUGAUGUUCUCAAAUCGCGUACAAAAGUACCCGUUUACAUCCUUUAUCCAAAUUAUUCCCUACCCAAUUUAGAAUUUUUGAAAAAGGAACACUACGUUCAAAAUUUGGAUUUUUCAAAAAUUUUCAUAAGGCCUCAACAAUAUCAAACUCCUUCAUCCAAAGUUUCCAGUCCGAAAAACACUCCGCGACGACCUUUUUCGGUUAACGACAUUGAAACGUUGAAAAGAACCGGUUUCAAACACGUUAAAGAUUGGGAAAGUUUAACGUUUCUCCUUCCAAAGGAAUACAAACAGUUUUUGCAAGAAAUUCCCGAAAUCGUAUCACACAUUAAAGAAGUGAAAAAUAUCAACGAGGAAUUGGUACCACUGUUUUGUUUAAGUCCACCCCCGAAUCGAAAAAUCAAAAAGCGACCCACGAGUUGUGAAAUUAAUUUUUUCAAUAACGACCAUCGUAAUUCAAAUUUUUCAUCCACUGCGACUCAACCGUCGUCCGGAUAUAGAGGGUCUUCGACAAUGUUGUACAGCAAUAAUUCCAGUUGUGCCGGAUCUCCGAGAAAUCCUUCGUGUGGCUACAAGUACGAUUGCAGUUCGGAAUCUGGGAGUUUGAGAAAAAGUUCUAACGGUAGUAAACAUUAUUCAAAAACUUCAAGCGAAUCAUCAUCGACUCGUCCACCGUUGCCCAAAGGCAUUCUUAGAAAUAAUUCUCUUGAUAAUCAUCAGUACACGUGUAAAACGCAGAAAGAAAAUGCCAACAAACGAUACAGUAUGACUGAAUUGACGGAUCAAAAUGUAAAUGCCGAAGAAAAAAGUGAUCUUAAAGGAGAAUCGAAUUACGCGAGAAGCGAUUCGGGGGAAAACUCACCGGAAGACUAUGAAAAUUACGGUUAUUUAGAUGAAGAAAUUGGUGGAAUGAAAAAAACCGUUAGUUUCGCAGAAAGGAUAUCGUUUGCGGUGAAAGAAAGAGAAAAAGAAAACGGAGCAGUUCCAUUGAACUCCCCUUGUUCUGCUAUGAUAAAUCAAAAACUUCAGGAGGUAUUUACCAUAAAAUCCUCCGAAAGUUUGUUGGCGGAUUCGCCGAUAAAACAUCCCAUACAAACAUCGGCAGAAUUUCUACAGAAAAAGGAUUUAAUACUAGAUGUGAAAAAAGCAGUCGAUAAAAUAAUCAAAUUAUCCAAGGAAUCUAAAGACCCGACUAAUCUUUGUUUGCAUCAAUUGUGUCCCACUCUCUACGCCAUAUUAAGCGAUGGUCUGAAAGAAGAAAUCGAGACUCCUUUUGGACCGAUAAGAAAUUCUGUAUGGGGUGUCGUGGAAGCAUCAUCUCAAAAUGGGCCGAUGAUACAAACGCUCAAUGAAUUAGUUCAACGAUUGAAUAGAGAUGACGUUUUUACCGAAGGACUCAUUAAAUUUAACGCUUUCGUAUUCGGAUUGAUCAACGCUCGAGCGUUGAGCGGUUGGCUCUCAUACUUGCGAACGAGAGAUGGACUCCUUAAAAAAUAUUAUAAUAAUUCGGGUUUACUCUUGCUUUCGAAUACGGCUGGCGCUUUCCGAGUUUUAAUAGAUGAAUUAAUAAAUAUAUUGGAACCUCUCAGUUUAAUACGUUUUAAUUUAGAUCUUAUGUAUCAGACUAAAUUACUUCACUGCAGUUUACAAAAUUUAAAUCAUUUACUUGAAGCAAGUGUUGCCAAAAAUGAAGCGGAUAGCAAUGCUUUUCUGACUCCGACAAAACAAUUCAUGUUAUUGAAAUUAGUUCAGUCGAUACAAAACAGUAUUAAUCAGGGUGGAGAAAGUAAAAGAGGUAAAUCAUCAGGUAAUCAGAAGGAUGGAAAAUCGGAGGAGGUCUCUCAGGAAAAAAAUAAAUUUAUUCGCACGAGAAAAGCAAGCACGGUUAAAGCUCGACCAAGGAGUGGUAUUUUGGGACAAGCUGGUAAAGAAAUUACCGAUGUUAACAUUGCAAUGAAAAAAAGAUGGAGCGGAGUUCAUUCGAAUUCUAAACUUGUCGAAGCUUUCGACAAACUCGGAAAUGAUUCCGAAUCGGAUUACACGGAUAGUUUAGAUUGUAAAAAACCAGUUACGGAAAAUGAAACGUCGUCUCCCUCAAAAAAUGCUAAUAACAGUACCAAAGAACAGAAAAAAAAUAUUUUAUUAAAUUUGAAUAAAAAAAGUAACAAAACUGAAGAUUGUAAGACUGAAAUGGAAAAAAAAGAAAAUGGGGGUCAUAAGUUUAAGCGUCUCCAACAAAAAUGGGAAAAAUUAAGUGGGAAAACAGAGGUAGAUGUAGACGAGAGAAAUUAUUACGUAGACAACAGGCCUGAAAAUCGACCGUGCAGUGCACCGGAAAAAGGUUCUCCCGAAAAGCACAACAGCGGCGGAAGUGGUGGUGGUGGUGGUGGUGGUGGUAAUUCAAAUUUAUUCUCCAUACCGAGUCCCACUUCGAGAAUAUCUAAAAUCCCUAGGUUAGUUACAAGCCCGUCGUCAUCUUCUCCGAGUAGUAAAGGAACCCGAAAACCCGUAUCGCCACCUUCGCUCAAUCCUUCGACUAGUAACAAUCAAAAAACGUAUAAAAGUAAUAAUUUGGGAAAAGUACAAAGUUCCGAGGUUCCGAAAAUAAAUCAUCAAGUUUCGAAUAAUAAUAAAUCGGAUGAAAAGUCACCGUCGAAAUUGUAUUCGAACGGGAACGAUAGGGGUAAUUACACAAACAGACCCAACAGUCUUCCUUUUAGGGGAUGCAACACGAUGCCUUUUAAAAAAAGCGAAACUUUGGUCAUGAGAAAAGGUUCCUCCAUGUCUCUGAAUAGAAGAACGACGACGACGACGACGCCGCAAAAAUUGCAACACGUUCAAAGAACGGUUCGAACUCUAACACACAGACUCCCAUCGGAUUCGGGUCAUUUAUCAUUUAACGAGGGUGAAAAAUUAAAAGUGGUGUUGGAAGUUGAUAAAACGUGGCUUUUGUGCUGUCGAGGCACUCAAAAAGGUUUGGUUCCAAAGUCAGCUGUGAUUUCAGAUAUAGAAGAUGUCAAAUUUUAA